CUUUUCUCUUCGUGCCAAUUCCCUCAACCCAUACCAUUGAAACAAAUUGAACCUCUUCCUGUUAGGCAAUUAGAGAGAAAAGAUCAUUGAUCAGAUAACCAUCAUGCCUACAUACGCUCUUUCACAGGCCCACAAGGACCAACUCGAGAAGUCUCUCGUCGAGACUGAUCCUGAGGUUUCUGAGAUCAUGAAAAGAGAGAUCCAGCGCCAGAGGGAGUCGAUCGUCCUCAUUGCCUCGGAGAAUGUCACUUCUCGUGCUGUUUUUGAUGCCUUAGGGUCUCCCAUGUCCAACAAAUACUCUGAGGGCUAUCCCGGAGCUCGUUACUAUGGUGGUAAUCAGCACAUCGAUGAGAUCGAGAUUCUGUGCCAGCAGAGAGCUCUCAAAGCCUUCAAUUUGGAUCCCGAGAAAUGGGGUGUCAACGUGCAGUGUCUCAGUGGUAGUCCUGCCAACCUGCAAGUCUAUCAGGCUCUGAUGAGGCCUCAUGAUAGACUUAUGGGCUUGGACUUGCCCCACGGAGGUCAUCUGAGUCACGGAUACCAAACUCCUCAGAAGAAGAUCUCUGCAGUCUCCACCUACUUUGAGACUUUCCCCUACAGAGUUAACCUUGAGACGGGCAUCAUUGACUACGACACCCUCGAGGCCAAUGCUCAGCUGUACCGACCAAAGUGCCUUGUUGCUGGAACAUCAGCAUACUGCCGUCUCAUCGACUAUGCGCGCAUGCGUAAGAUCGCCGACUCCGUUGGAGCUUACUUGAUUGUCGAUAUGGCUCAUAUUUCUGGAUUGAUCGCCGCCGGCGUCAUCCCGUCCCCAUUCGAGUACGCUGAUGUCGUCACUACCACCACUCACAAGUCUCUCCGUGGUCCCAGAGGAGCUAUGAUCUUCUUUAGAAAGGGCGUGCGAAGUGUUGACCCCAAGACCGGCAAGGAGAUCAUGUACGAUCUCGAGAACCCUAUCAACUUCUCCGUCUUCCCUGGUCACCAGGGCGGCCCUCACAACCACACUAUUACUGCCUUGGCUGUUGCUCUCAAACAAGCUGCUACUCCGGAAUUCAGACAGUACCAGGAGCAGGUUGUGAAGAACGCCAAGGCUGUCGAGACCGAAUUCAAGCGUCUCGGCUACAAGCUCGUUGCCGACGGAACCGACAGCCACAUGGUUCUCUUGGAUUUGAGGCCCAAGGCUCUUGAUGGCGCUCGUGUCGAAGCUGUCCUUGAGGCUAUUAACAUUGCUUGCAACAAGAACUCCAUUCCCGGAGACAAGUCCGCCUUGACCCCAUGCGGUAUCAGAAUCGGCGCUCCAGCCAUGACCAGCCGUGGCAUGGGUGAGGAGGACUUCAAGCGUAUCACCCGAUACAUCGACCGUGCAAUCAAUAUCUGCAAGGACAUCCAGGCUGGUCUUCCCAAGGAGGCCAACAAGCUCAAGGACUUCAAGGCCAAGGUUGCCACCGGUACCGUCCCGGAGAUCGUUGAUCUCAAGAAGGAGAUCAGCGAAUGGGCCAGCUCUUUCCCUCUUCCAGUAUAAACUGCCCGAUGCAGUUUUUAAUUUUCUUCUAGUGUUUUCAGUGUGGUGCUUGGGGUUGUUUGCAUGAUCUUUGGUAUUCAAAAAAAAAAAGGGAAAUGGGGUAAAAUCUUCAACGUCGUUUACGAAUAUGGCAUGAGCGCACGGUAUGGAUUUUCAACAAGCAAUCCAUAGUAUUGGGUGGCAAUCACUAUGUCUUUUUAUUAAUUUCUUAUUUUUUUUCUAUUUAUUUUUAUUUUUAUUUUUUUGGUGCGGUGGAGGAUUGGAUGUAGUGGAGGAAGGCUUGCUCAGAAGUCACAUCAAGGCUUCGGUAUUUCCAAACUGCUCGAUGAUAUCGCAAGUAAUAAUUCCUCGGAAUCACUCUCUGCACAAUGCUGUCUUAAUCAUGCAAG